GGCCCAAUAACAAAACUCGUUUUAUCAUUAAGGGAAGAGCUGCAUAUUCACCCCUACAAAAAGAUUAACUGGAAGCAAGCACGCAAAUUAUGCGCAAAGGAAGAUGCCUAUCAUCCACAUACCUGGCUCCAAGAAUGCUUGUCCGAUUGCCUUUACAGUUUCGGUGAACCUUUUCUGGCAUGUUGGCCAGUUUCCUACAUGAGACGAAAAGCUCUACGACAAAUUGCUGAUUUCCUGAAAUACGAAGAUGAUAUUUCACGGUAUAUCUGCAUCGGCGCCGCGCAAAAGGCAUUAUCCAUGUUAUGCUGUUGGUCUGAGAAUCCCAAUUCAGAUGCAUUCAAGCACCACUUGGCUAGAGUUGCUGAUUUCCUAUGGCUCGGCGAAGAUGGGAUGAAAGUGCGGGUGUGUGCAGGUCAAUCAUGGGAUGUCGCUUUCGCCGUACAAGCGAUAUUAGCAGGUGAUGUUGCAGAGGAAUUUGGAAGCACUCUCAAGAAAGCACACCAUUUCAUAAAAGCAUCCCAGAUUGUGGACAAUCCUUCAGGUGACUUCGCCAGAAAGUACCGUCACAUUUCUAAAGGAGGAUGGGCCUUCCAGGUUGCGGAUCAGGGCUGGCAAGUUUCAGAUUGCACAGCAGAAGCUCUUAAGGCUCUGUUACUGCUCUCAAAGUUUCCGUCAGAUAUCGUGGGUGAUCAGAUGGAAACAUGCCGCUUCCAUGAUGCAGUGAACAUAUUAUUAUCUUUACAG